ACUUUUAAUUAUUAUAUUUUAAUACAUGAUAUUAAAUUUCUCAUCUGCUGUUGUGGUAUUAUCUUUCACCAUCAGCAGUUUUUUCAUGCUUCCCUUCCUCUUUUGCGAUGUCAAACAGAUCCGCUUUGUCAUGCACCACCAGACUUUACUCGGCGAAUAGAAUUGUGUUUCUGUGACUGUAUUUUUUUUUCUUCUUGAGUUAGAUGGUAGGCUAAAGAAGUGAUCUGAAAGAGUAUGAAGACGCUGGAACAACAGACGCUACUACCUUUAGCACGGAUUCAACAGACAAACUAUUACACAGCUUCGCUUCUUCUUGUAUUUCUCAUUACAAGAUGUCGAUACGAAAAGUCUUACACAAUGUCGUACGGUUGUCAUCCACAAGAGCAAGUUUUAGAACUAGUACUGCAAACGCUGAUAUCAUUCAGCAACAAAAUUCUUCAGAGUAUUCACUUGAUGGAGAGAAGAUUGAGUGUAGACUCAAAUUCAAUAAAACAGGUGACAGAACAGAAGAAGAACUGGCGAUGAUUGUCGAAAGCGCUCGCGCGAAAUCUUUUGACGACAGUUUGAAGAAUGUUGCUUCUGUUAAAUUCGAGGCAACUUGAAUUUGUGCACCCGCUAAAUAAGUUUUGUGUAUAUUCUACGACUAAUUAUAUUUUGUAAAUAUGUCCUAUUGCUCGACUAGCGCCUUGUUUUGGUUUACUACACGUCGUGGCACCAAAAAGCGAAGAGAGGCAAUGGGUACAAGUUUAACCAAACUUGCGAUUACAGCUAUGCGUUUACUAAACUGUAAUCUCGACUUGUCCCAACAGUUUACCUUCUGUCCACACCCGUAGAAACUCCGUGGAGGAAUUAUCUUAUUCACAUGUCACGUGACUUCUUAAGGCAAAGUUUAUAAGUUGGGGAUGAUGGUUGUUGAUUUUUUUAUUUAGGCUUAUUUUUGUACAUAUUUUGUUUUAUAGAAAGAUUGUCACAUUUGGUUGUUUUA